UGCUCGGUGGCAAACCACUGACGGUAACAGAAGAUGAAGUCUAGCUACCACGUCACUUCACGAAGCGCGAAAAUACUAAUGUUAUGAUUAUUUGGUUGUGUUCGGCGUUUGAAGUAAUAAGAAAAAACCUAAUUCAGAAACGGGAUGAUAUGAAUGCGACCUCUAACCGGAAGUAGAAGCGUGGCUCGUGGCAGGUUAGAGCUGAGUAGCGUGGUAAAGUUGAGUAUGGCUUCCGACAGCUCUGAGUAUGUUAUCGGGGGAGUGAAGGUCCUCUUUCCCUGUAAGCCUUACCCAUCUCAGCUGGCUAUGAUGAACUCAAUCAUACGAGGCUUGAACCAUGGGCAGCACUGCCUGCUGGAGAGUCCCACUGGCAGUGGGAAGAGUCUGGCCUUACUAUGCUCCACUUUGGGUUGGCAACAAGCUCAGGCUGCUAAACAGCAGGAAGAAGGAGGUUCCACGGGAGACAAGACUCAGCCUGAUAAAAACUCAUCAGAUCAGAUAAAGUCGAAAUCCUCCCCCCCGUGUCUGUGUUUUUGUCACAGCAAAGAUGGUAAGGCAGCAGCUACAGCGCAGCCAGCAGCUUGCCAACAGCCUGCCCGGGCUUCAGCCAUGGCACCAAACCAUGCACCAUCAGCAGAAACGCCACGAGGCAGAAGGAAGUCUGUGGCGUCUCAGCUGUCUGAAAGGCUCCAGGUUUCUCUCCCUUCCAGUCCUGAGGAGGAUGAAGACUUUCAGCCACUGGGAAAACGCUUUCGUUCCUCAGAGCACAAGAACCCUAAAUGGCAGCCAGGAACCCUAAUUUCCAGCUCGGAGCAGGAAAAUCAGCCACCAAGUCCUGAAAAGAGUGCAGCAGCAACAAGCAGCAAAGCAGCUGGUUUGUCCCCUUCAUGCAGCAUGUCUGAGCCCUGCUCCCACUGCCCUUGUGCCUCAGCCAAAGAUGGUGUGAAGGACAAAGAUGGCAAAAAGAAGAUUCCAAAGAUUUUCUUUGGCACACGCACCCAUAAACAGAUUACUCAGAUUGCACAUGAGCUGAAGCGCACAGCGUACUCCAGCGUACAGAUGACCAUCUUGUCCAGCAGAAAGCACACCUGUGUUCAUUCAGAUGUGGUACCUCACUUCAACCGCAACGAGCUGUGCAAGGAGCUGCUGGAGGACAAAGAGGGGCGCUCGUGUCGCUACUACCAUGGAGUCAAAAAGAUGGGAACUCAGCAUUUACUGCAGUCAGUCCAUGGACUGUGUGGAGCAUGGGACGUGGAGGACCUGGUGUCUCUAGGCCGACGGCUCCGCUCCUGUGCUUACUACGCUGCUCGUGAGCUCAUGCAGGGCGCCUCUAUCAUCUUCUGUCCCUAUAACUACCUGCUGGACCCCAUGAUCAGAGAGAAUAUGGACAUAGACCUGACAGGACAGAUCUUGGUGCUGGACGAGGCCCACAACAUUGAGGAUUGUGCACGAGAGUGUGCCAGCUUUACUGUAGACAACAACACUCUGCAGAUGUCCAAAGAGGAGCUGGAUGGCUUGAUCAAACUCAACAUCAGAUGCUCUGACCAUGAGCCUCUCAGGGGCUUCUGCUGCAUGUUGCUGAACCUGAUCUGCGAGAGCCAGGCCCUGCUGUCUGAACGUGGGUACGAGAGUUCCUGCAAAGUCUGGAGUGGGACAGAAAUACUGCAGAUCUUUCAUGGUUUUGGCAUCAUUCCAGACACCUUCAGCAAUUUAAAGAAACACCUCACGGCAGUUUUGGAGAAGGAGGAGCGAGCUGGUGUCGUCGACGGUAAGGAGCUCAUGAAGACGGUCCCAACCAUCAGCUCAGCGACCGCCACCUUCUUUAAAAGCAUCUUCAUGGUGCUGGACUUUCUCUUCAGGGACAACUGCAGGUUUGCUGAGGACUACCGUGUAGCUCUGCAGCAGAGCUAUGCUUGGGUAAAUCGGGUACCUCCUGAUGUCCCUGAUGCUAACGGGUUUUUUGUCCGUCCACAUCCUACACACCGUAAGAGUGCUCGCGUUAAGACGGAGGUCCAGAUGUUGAGUUUCUGGUGCUUGAAUCCAGCUGUGGCUUUCUCUGACCUGAGCAGGUCAGUGCACAGCAUUGUGCUGACAUCAGGAACCCUAUCACCCAUGGGCUCUUUUUCCUCUGAACUUGAGGUGAAAUUCACCAACCAGCUGGAGGCCAACCAUGUGAUCAACAAAUCCCAGGUUUGGGUGGGUACUGUUGGAUCAGGACCAAGUGGUCGAAAACUCCAGGCUACCUUUCAGCAAGCUGAAACAUUUGCCUUUCAGGAUGAAGUGGGUGACUUGCUUCUUCAGGUCUGCCAGGUUAUAGCUAAGGGAGUACUCUGCUUCCUGCCUUCUUACAAGAUGCUGGACAAGCUGAGAGACCGUUGGCUCAGCACCGGUUUGUGGAUGAAGCUUGAACGGCACAAAACCGUAAUCACAGAGCCACGAGGCGGCGGCAAGGGGGAUUUCGACGAGCUACUUCAGAUGUACUAUGAGGCUGUCAAAUACAGCGAGGGAAUGACUGGUGCACUGCUGUUUGCCGUGUGCAGGGGUAAGGUCAGCGAAGGCCUGGACUUUACAGAUGACAAUGCCAGAGCAGUGGUCACCAUCGGAAUUCCUUUCCCAAACUUCAAAGACCUUCAGGUGGAGCUGAAGAUGAAAUACAACAACCAGCACUGUAAGUCCAGAGGUCUUCUUUCUGGUAAUCGCUGGUACGAGAUACAGGCCUACAGAGCUCUGAACCAGGCCCUGGGGAGGUGCAUCCGCCACAGGAAGGACUGGGGAGCCCUGAUUCUAGUGGAUGACCGAUACAGGAACAAUCCCAACAAGUACAUCACAGGUUUGUCUAAAUGGGUCCGUCAGCUUGUCCAGCAUCACAACACCUUCAGUGGUGCCGUCCAGUCUCUGGUAGCUUUCUGCCAGGAACAGCAGAAGGUCCAAGUGGACCUUGCUGACAGCCAGAUCCAGACUAAAGCCCUCGCCUCAUGUGAGAAACUGCCAGAAGCUGAGGAGGACACAAGCUCAAAGCUGAAAGCUGAGCAAAGCAACGCAGAGCUGCUGACAAUGCCGCAAUGCUCUCCAGUGGGGGUGCUUCCCCGUCAGCCUAAAGCAGCUCAGCCUCUGUGUGACAUCUUCACCCGCUGCCCCAUCAACAGCAUCUUUGGGAAGCCCAUCUUUAAAGGAAAAGCACCAAGAGAAUCUAGCCCACAUCGGGACAUCUCCUCUCCAGUGACUCCUGAGAAGCAGACUGGUACCAAUUCUGAUCGCAUCAGAGAAAAGUCCAAGGAUCUAGCUCCAGCACAGUCUAUAGAAACCACCCCUCCUAGGGGUGAGAUGAAAACAUCCUCAGCAAGCACAUCUGAUGAAGAUGAGACCAUUUUCUUUACUCCAGAACUUUUUGAGGCGGAGGGAGAUGAAAGAGAAAACUCAAACCCAGAAAGAGAAAAUCCCGAGUCCCCCUCUGGAUCCGUCCCACAGACAUUGACAAAUUUUGAUCCAAGAAUUCCUGCGGGAUCUUCUUUCUCAGAUGGUAUGGAAAGCGCCGAGCUGUCUCAGAAGCCAGAUCAGGGGCUGAGAGGUCAGAGCGAUGAAGGAGGAAAGGAUGAGGCCCAGAGCAGACAGACGGGCAGAAGGCUCCACAGGCUGUCCAGAUCCAGGUUCAGAAGCCCCCCCUCCCAGACAGGUGACCACCAUGAACACCUGUAAAGUUAACAGCAAAUCGUAUUGAACGUGUUUUAUAGUUUUAGCAGCUGUAGGGGGUCAAACCCGCUCACGUGGUUCAGGAGGAGUUUCCAGCCGUCUCAGGUCAGCUUCUGAUGGGGUGUGACAGCUUGUCUGAUUAAGCUCUGCUCUCCGUUAAAACACUAACCAACAUUAUUAUCAUUUCUGCUCAGAUUCCAUUCAUUAAAGCCCAGAAACAGAGAUGUGUGUGUGAUCAUUUUAGUGUAAUGAUGUGUGUGUAGGUGAUGUCUGGAUGCUCCAUCAUGCUUGAUUUAACUCAAUCACAGGGCCCUUUCACUUUUCUAUAAUUACAUUUAAGUUUGUGUUUAAAGGCUAUUAACGAAGCUGUUGUUGGUCUGGAUUCAUACGUUUCUGUUUUAAGAAAAUGAAUAAAGUCAAAUGUUGAAAA